GUCACUUAGUCGGUUGUCAUUGUCAAUGGUUGGCUGUUGUAUAGUUUGUUUCUCUUUCUAUAAUUUUUUAUAUGUAGUUUUUGUCAACAUUCAAGUUGAAAACUUUCAAAACUUUUGUGUAGUGUAAAAACAGGCAAACCUAACUGAAACUUAUGAAUAUGUGGCUUCCUCUGUUUUCUCUCUAUAUUCUAAUAUCAUUAAAUAGUAUUACUUCCAUCGGAAUCGGCGAUUUAAAUGUACCACCGGAACAUGUAACAUAUGUUUUUAAUAGUUUCCCUAGUGUUGCUGAAGCUUGUUUAUCAGAUCCACAAUGUCCUUACAAAGAAUUGGUAGAGUCUAACAGGUGUUGGGGCUAUGAACAUAAUUGUAAAAGAGAUGUUUCGUACCCUGUACGUCCUAUUUGCCCUGGUGACCAUCGAGGCUGGGUGAAGACGAAGGAGGCUCAGUAUGAUACUUUCUACACUCAAGCUGAUUUUGGAUAUGUAAAAGAACAAAUAGAUGAUUUAAUGGUCAUGUGUGAAGCAACAUAUCCUGAUGACACAUCAUUGGAAUGCUCAAAAUAUUUAAGAUUUUGCCGAGGCAGGAACAUGAUGUUAAAUUUCACAGGCCUUAUUGGUCGUGGCGACAACUUGAGAUACAAGAUUGAUAUUCUAGGUCCUGGGCAAAUAGGUGGUUUCUGUAAUUUUUAUUCAGAGAGAUUGAAGAAGGAGGCAGACCACAUGAGUGCUUUACAGUCAUGGGCUCCAGAACUCAUACAUUUUGUUAAGACACCACAGAGACCAAUACCUGAUGGGAUGUGUGACAUAGUAAUAAAGAAACCCACAUAUAUUAUGAAAUUGGAUGCAACUGUUAACAUGUACCACCAUUUCUGUGACUUCUUCAACUUGUAUGCCUCACUACAUGUGAACUCAACUCAUCCUUCUACAUUCUCAAAGGAUAACCACAUAUUGGUGUGGGAAACAUUUACAUAUGAAUCAGCUUUUAAAGAAACAUUUAAGGCAUUCACUGACAAUCCUAUUUGGGAUCUAAAAAAGUUCAGAGGGAAAGUUGUGUGCUUUAAAAAUAUUGUGUUGCCACUCUUACCUAGAAUGAUCUUUGGAUUAUUUUACAACACUCCUUUGAUAUAUGGUUGUGAAAGGAGUGGUUUGUUCCAUGCAUUCUCAAGACACAUAAUCCAUUCAUUGAAUAUAAAACUGCAGCCACGGACUAAUGACAAAGUUAGAGUAACUCUCCUAUCAAGAGGGACCACAUAUCGCUCCAUACUCAAUGAAAGAGCAAUUAUUGAUGCUUUAAGUAAAGUGGAAGGCUAUGAAGUACAACGUGUGGUGUAUGACAGAACAGUGCCAUUUCUGAAGCAGUUGGAAAUUACUCAUAACUCCGAUGUAUUUAUUGGCAUGCAUGGAGCUGGACUAACGCAUUUGCUCUUCUUGCCUGAUUGGGCAGCUGUAUUUGAAGUUUACAAUUGUGAGGAUCCUAACUGUUACUUGGACCUAACAAGGCUUCGAGGUUUAAAAUAUGUUACUUGGGAAGAUAAAACUAAACUUGUCCAACAGGAUGAGGGUCAUGGUCCUGGCGGCGGUUCUCACGCUAAGUUCACGAACUAUUCUUUCGACGUGCGUGAGUUUCUACGACUGGUAAAGAAAUGCGCUGAUCACGUGCGUAAACAAAAAGCCUUCAACGACCUCCUCGCGUUAUCCGGACUACGACAAACGCACGAAGAGUUGUGAGGUAGCUUCAUUGACAUCUGUUUCCUAACAUGUGAUAAUAAUAUCUAAUUGUUUUACAUUUCUACUCAUUCCAGUUAUAUUAGUUAUUAAGUUUACUUUUGUUACUAAUUUUUUGACUUUUGUUGAAAUAUAUACAAGUAUUACGUGUGCAAUCACAGAACAAACAAAGGCGCCAAGCAAGAUGGCUUUGUAGUUAGUUCUUUACGACGUAACAAGAUGUCGCUUUGUUAAGAUAGUAUUGUAAAGUACGUCCAAUUUUUUUAUAUUAUUAAUAAUUGUUAAUGCAAUAAUUAUAAUUAGUACAUGAAAUAGUAAUAUGUAGACUGUUCCUGGAAGUUUACAAUGUACAUCAAAUGGAACAGGAGCAUGGGAAAUUUAAUUUCCAAUCUUUUAUCAAGUUCAAGAAAAGAAUACAGAAAUUGCUCGCAAUUUUGAACUACAUUGAAAAUGCCAAUUUCUGUGCCUCAUUUCGAUUUGAUUCAAACUUCCAAGGACACUUGUAUGUACCUUGUACAGUAUGUACAAUUUAUUUUCAUAACAUGAUAUGAAACUGUUGUUUCUAUGUGUUACAUGUUCUUUCUAUGCAAAGGUCAUGUAUAUUUUUGUGAUAAAUGUUAUGUUUGUUUGGUAUUUUAGUGGUUAUAGUAUAGCAUUUUUUACACUUGACAUCAACACUACAAUUAUUAGACGAAAGUACAAUUCUGAUGUUCCGUUGUAGACAAACUUUAAGCUUAAAUAUAAGAGUGUGUAGUAUAUAUAGAGAGAUGAGUAGCAUAAACCCAAUAUGUUUUGUUUUACUUGGCUUUAAAUUAGCUUAACGAUUUUGAGUGUUAAAGCUCAGCUUAAGUAUCUUGCUUAUAUAAAUCAACUAAAGUCUCGUGGAAGAGCUCUGGAAUUGACAUUAUAAAAGUAUAAUCGAAGCAGCUAUGCUAAUUGCGGGUUCUAAGGUAAAUGAUAACUUUAGACAAUAUAAAAAAAGAGAACGUUUUUGUGGUGGGACAAGGACAUAAUAAGUAUGAAAGUGAUAUAAAAGAUGAUGAAAUAGGGAAACUUGUAAAUGCAAGGAAAAAUUUAACGAAAUAGUCUCCAGAAACUUUCGGUCUAAUGUGAAAAUAUCGUCAGUACAACACAAUUUGCGGAUUAUUUCAAGAUAAGCAUGACGAUAUGAUUUGAAAUAGAAUCUCUCACAGAAUCAAAUAAAAGUUAUUAAAAUUGUAUAAUAAUAUGUUCCAAACAAAAAUCUCGAAUUAUAGUUAAGAGCUUUAAUGUAUUUCCCAAACAGAUUUGUCUGUUGAACAGCAAGUCUUAAAUUGCUUUCAAAGAAUUCGUUUUCGAUCAUUACACAGUACGUAGUCAUUAGUAAAGGUCUGCAUGAACUCACACAUAAUAAUCCUUGAAAAAUUACAAUGAAUGUUGUUGAUAUAAUCUUGUUAAUUUAUUAUUUGGUGAAGGCACCGCUAGUUUAAUUGUAACAGCGCGCCUCGAACGUUAAGUUUCAUAAUUACAGUUUGCGAUAUUCAGAUAAAUGUUCACAGCAUCGGCAGAGAGCCCGUGACCACUUGUUUACAUGUACCUACGGUUACACUUCUCGUCGAGAUCGAGGCCUUCUUAUAUAUUAUUAUUGCUGUACAUUUAUUUCCUUGUGAUUCAAUAGUUUAUUAAUUUACUAAAAAUAUUUUUAAAUCCAUUAUUCUAUUUUCCGAUUUAUUUUUAAAGAAUUGGUUUAAAGGUUGGUGCUGUUUUAAGAAUUAUGUGUGAAUCAAGUUAAUUAUUAAGUGCAGAUCAAGUUAUUAUGACAAGAUUGCAUUCUCAUCAUUUACAUUUUUUAUUUUAACAAUAAAUACAAAUUAAUUAUGUCCUCUAGCUUUCCAUUGUGUAUCCUAUCUCUACGAGAGACAGGCGUGACGAAAUGUGUGGAAUAUGUAUUUGUAGAAAGCUUUCACCAUUAUUUUUAAAGUUGCGUUUGAUCGUUGGUCGUUAUUGUAAUAAGAAUAAACAGUGCAAAAAUAGUACAAUAGCUAAUUAGAUUUUUUUUUUUACAAAGUUAGUGAGAGCUAUAGUGUAAUGGUAUUUUAAUAUUUUGUGUAGUUUUAUCAAUUCUGCCUACACAUUAAAGUCGGCGGCAAGUCGCUUUUUACCUUAUUUUGCCUCUUUCUUUUAUUUUUUCACGCCGUCGGCAUAAUCUAAUCACACAAUAAUAUUCUCGGUAUAACCUAAUCAUAGAAAGAAAUGAUCAUACCGAUUAUUUACUAAUCUCUUUCUAAUAUAUUUUUACUUAAUUAAAUCAAAUUACAAUGAAAUGGAUCGACAUUAUUGUUUGGUAUUGAAACGGAUCCCUAAAUUGGAAAGAGGUCGAAUGAGAGAGCAUUAAAUCGUAAAACAAUCACAUAAUAUGGAGGCAAUAUUUACAGAGGGAAAUUAAUGAACGAUGCCCUCGCGCGCCCCGGGCCUUAUGUUCAUAACUUUUUGGCGUAACCAGAUCGUAUCGUUAAAUAAAAAUCAAGAAGUUAAUUGAAUAAAGUAAGUUUUCAAAUAAAUAAAUUACUCCGAGGAGAGUAGUAUUAGUUAUAUUUUAUUUUAAUUUAACAUGUCUGUGAUCUGUAGUGCAUGUAGACUCUGAGGCAUUUUAUGACUUAUUAAUAGCAGUAAAAUUAAAGUUAAGAAAUUGACAUUAUAUUUUUAGGCUUUCUCCGUGUCUUGGAUGCUUUUGUUAGAGUAUAUCUAAAUCUUAGUAUAGUGAAGCAUUGUAGUCGAUUGCACAUCCACUGCGACCACUGUACAGCCUUCAGAAAUAGGAACAUAGAUAUAUCCUUAAUAUUAAUAGGUACCAACCUACCUAAUAUUUUUAAUGCAUACGAAUUUAAAGUAAGUGUAUGUAACUGAAAGGUCUGUACUUAACUAAAAUUACAUUAUGAUUGAUGGUCAUCACCAAUUUAACAUCACGUUUCACGUCAAAUGCUAUGUAAUUAAUACGUACUUACAAUUAUACAAUAAAAUUAUGAAUUAAUGUCAUAUCAGUAAAAUAAUUUCCUUAGCAACUAAAAUUACUUAAGAUCUAAUGUUUUGUACCUUUGUUUUUAAUAAAAGAUUUUCAUAA